UUGUUAAACAGUUUCUUACCGUAAGAGGGAGUUCAGACCUAGAUCUUUCCAGUUAAUCACACAACAAACUUAGCUCAUCGCAAUAAAAGCAGCUCAGAACCGACCGGUUUGCAACAGGAUUCUUUCAGCCCGGCAUCUCCUGCAGAGGGAUCAGUCUGCUCGAACUGCAAGCAUGAUGUGGGGGACCAAACUUCUGCCGGUCCUGUUGCUGCAGCAUGUUCUCCUGCACCUCCUCCUGCUUCAUGUCGCCAUCCCCUAUGCAGAAGGACAGAAGAAAAGAAGAAAUACACUUCAUGAAUUCAAAAAGUCAGCAAAAACUACUCUUACCAAGGAAGACCCAUUACUGAAGAUUAAAACCAAAAAAGUGAACUCUGCCGAUGAGUGUGCCAACAGGUGUAUCAGGAACAGGGGCUUUACCUUCACUUGCAAGGCCUUCGUUUUUGAUAAGUCAAAAAAACGAUGCUACUGGUAUCCUUUCAAUAGCAUGUCAAGUGGAGUGAAAAAAGGGUUUGGCCAUGAAUUUGACCUCUAUGAAAACAAAGACUAUAUUAGAAACUGCAUCAUUGGUAAAGGAGGCAGCUAUAAAGGGACGGUAUCCAUCACUAAGAGUGGCAUCAAAUGCCAGCCUUGGAAUUCCAUGAUCCCCCAUGAACACAGCUUUUUGCCUUCGAGCUAUCGCGGUAAAGACCUACAGGAAAACUACUGUCGAAAUCCUCGAGGGGAAGAAGGGGGACCCUGGUGUUUCACAAGCAAUCCAGAGGUACGCUACGAAGUCUGUGACAUUCCUCAGUGUUCAGAAGUUGAAUGCAUGACCUGCAAUGGUGAAAGCUACAGAGGUCCCAUGGAUCACACAGAAUCCGGCAAGACUUGUCAGCGCUGGGACCAGCAGACACCACACCGGCACAAGUUCUUGCCAGAAAGAUAUCCCGACAAGGGCUUUGAUGAUAAUUAUUGCCGCAAUCCUGAUGGCAAGCCGAGGCCAUGGUGCUACACUCUUGACCCUGACACCCCUUGGGAGUAUUGUGCAAUUAAAACGUGCGCUCACAGUCCUCUGAAUGAGACUGAUGUCCCUAUGGAAACAACUGAAUGCAUUCAAGGCCAAGGAGAAGGUUACAGGGGAACCAGCAAUACCAUUUGGAAUGGAACUCCCUGUCAACGUUGGGAUUCGCAGUACCCUCACAAGCAUGAUAUCACUCCCGAGAACUUCAAAUGCAAGGACCUUAGAGAAAAUUAUUGCCGCAAUCCAGAUGGGGCUGAAUCACCAUGGUGUUUUACCACUGACCCAAACAUCCGAGUUGGCUACUGCUCUCAAAUUCCCAAGUGUGACGUGUCAAGUGGACAAGAUUGUUAUCGUGGCAAUGGGAAAAAUUACAUGGGCAACUUAUCCAAAACAAGGUCUGGACUUACAUGUUCCAUGUGGGACAAGAAUAUGGAGGAUUUACACCGUCAUAUCUUCUGGGAGCCAGAUGCUAGCAAAUUGAAUAAGAAUUACUGCCGGAAUCCUGAUGAUGAUGCCCAUGGACCUUGGUGCUACACAGGGAAUCCUCUUAUUCCUUGGGAUUAUUGCCCUAUUUCCCGUUGUGAAGGAGAUACUACACCUACAAUUGUCAAUUUGGACCAUCCUGUAAUAUCCUGUGCCAAAACAAAACAACUGCGGGUUGUAAAUGGCAUUCCAACACAAACAACAGUAGGGUGGAUGGUUAGUUUGAAAUACAGAAACAAACAUGUCUGUGGAGGAUCACUGAUAAAGGAAACUUGGGUUCUUACUGCCAGACAAUGCUUUCCAGCCAGAAACAAAGACUUGAAAGACUAUGAAGCUUGGCUUGGCAUCCACGAUGUGCAUGAGAGAGGCGAGGAGAAGCGCAAGCAGAUCUUAAACAUUUCCCAGCUGGUCUAUGGACCUGAAGGCUCAGACUUGGUUUUACUGAAGCUUGCUCGACCUGCAAUCCUGGAUAACUUUGUCAGUACAAUUGAUUUACCUAGUUAUGGUUGUACAAUCCCUGAAAAGACCACCUGCAGUAUUUACGGCUGGGGCUACACUGGAUUGAUCAACGCGGAUGGUUUACUACGAGUAGCUCAUCUGUAUAUUAUGGGGAAUGAGAAAUGCAGUCAGCACCAUCAAGGCAAGGUGACUUUGAAUGAGUCUGAGUUAUGUGCUGGGGCUGAAAAAAUUGGAUCAGGACCUUGUGAGGGAGAUUAUGGUGGCCCACUCAUUUGUGAACAACACAAAAUGAGAAUGGUUCUUGGUGUCAUUGUUCCUGGUCGUGGAUGUGCCAUCCCAAAUCGUCCUGGUAUUUUUGUUCGAGUAGCAUAUUAUGCAAAAUGGAUACACAAAGUAAUUUUGACAUACAAGUUGUAAUAGCCAUAGAAGAGGCCAGUGUGUUUGAAGCAUCCAUGACUACAUGAGGAUUUCCAAGACUUCAGGAUUAAAAUGUCACCUAAAACAAUCCUAGAACUACUUGAGUGUUGUGAGUGUUCAGAUACUCAUUAAUAUAUAUGGGUGUUUUCUGUUG